AUGUACACAGCAUUUCGUUCGUCAGCUUAUCUUUUGGUCCGCAUCCUACGUGCCGUCAUCCCAGCAUCUGGGAGCUCAGAGGAGUGGGACGCAGAAGUCCCGCCAUUCAGCAGCAAAACUGGUGAUUCACACCAACUGCUCAUAUCGACGUGGCAUUGGUACGUCGGUGGCUCCUACUCCUCCCCGACAGAUGUCCAAAAUUCUAUGGUCAUUCGCAUUCAAUGGCUCAAGAAUGCGAGUGGUUUGGAACACGAGUAUUUAGUGAUUACUGUCAAACGCCAGGGCGGGGUGGAGGCCACAUUGCGGAUUGAAAGGCGACCGUCUCAAGAUCAAAUCGUUUCUGAGGCGUUUGCUGUCUCCUCAGAGCUUCUAGAGACCCUGAGCUGCAAACAACGGAAAUCCUUAUCUCAAGACGUGGAAGAAGAAAGGGUCAUGAUUCGCCAGGCGGCACGAAUGAAGGUCCCGAAACUGCAUGACAAGCGGCAGGACCUUCAAGCCAAUGAUACUGUCAUCCACGUCCGCAAUGAGGCUGGUCAGGUGUCAGGCUGCAAGGAACCAGCCUCCCUCGUUGCAUCAUUUGGUGAAUUCCAGAAGCCUCUUUUGCUGCGCGAUUUCGUGUUCGCGGCUUAUCAGGCAUCUUCCUUCAUGGACGGCAAUUUGGCGCUUUUGAAACAGACAUUUUGGUUCCCCAGAACCGUUGUCACGGCGAUCAUCCAGAAUUAUCACCCUCAAGAAGUUCAAUACGGCGAGGCUUUUGAACGCCGCGGGUGCUAUUGCCUCAAGAUGGACACGGAACGCCCCUCAUUCAUUCUUAAUGUUGACAAUCCAGAAGAGGUCAGCAAGAUUUCAGCAAGAUUGCUUCAGGAUAUCGAGAACAACGAUACGCAUAUCCAGGAGAAGUACAUGGCUGGUCCAGGUGGAAAAGCCCUCGAACAAAAGCGUGCAGACGAAGAAGAAGAGCGUCGCAUUGCUGCUGAGCAUGCAGCCUCGCGCGCGCGUGAAGAAGCUUCCACUUUAGCUGAACAAAAUAGGCAGCUUGAAGAAGAGUUGGAACGGUUGAGGGCCGCAGCAAAAAAAUAG